GAAAAGAAAUGGAAAGGAAAAGAAAACAACUGUACUCGCUGAUAUGGGCAGGGAUUGGUUUGGUGCAUGUGAAAUCAGUGCAUAGCGGUACUAGAAAUACGUUUCGCAUUAAAGAAAAGCCGCAGACUGAGAUUAGCCGCAGACUGUCUCCAGAAGCAGCAGAAGCAGCUAUUUCUCCUUCAGCGAUCAUGAACUUUUGAAGGUAUGAAAGGAGAAAAGUCCCACCCUGAUCUUUUCCUCUUAUAGCUGCUUUGCUGCGCUGCUUUGCUGCAGCUGCUGAUAUUUUUAACAGCAUCAGCCUGAGCAAGUUUAAUUGGCGUAGGGUUAUAAACAACUGGAGCUGGGGGACCCUUCUUUCAAUUAAAUCUCCGAAGCAUAAUGACAAAAGCAAGAUGUUUUUCCUGGAUUAGGCAAGGCCAGAAAGAAAAGGAAGCAUCUUUACAAUUCUCUUCCCUCAACCAACUGUCCUCCUUAACAGUGUGCAAAGAGUCUUGGCCUUCAACUGUGCCUUCUACAUCCAACAGCAGAUUUUUACUCCCUUUCUUGUGUUUUUUAGGCUGUUUGGCUAGGCUGCGACUGUGACCCCUGGCUUAUGUAAAGGGAAAAAAGAACCACAGCAGAAAAGCAAACAGUCUAGCUGUCAGCGUUGUUGGUUUAAAUGACAAUGCUGUCUCCAUUCUCUUCCACGGGUCUCAUUUAUGCUUCAAAAAUGAGGAAUUUAUGAGCUAUAAAGGGAGUUUCUGGUGAAUGCUCUUUCCUCACAACGCACACCACAAGAAAACAUUUAAACUGUAGCUCUAUGAAAGUGUUAUCUGAACACAUUUUGUUUGAAUCCAGUGUGACUUUGUUCUUGAGUUUUCAGGGUGGACAAAAUGGGAAUAAUAAUUCCAAACGUCCUUGAGCUAUGGAAUUCUAUUAUUUUUUGAAACUAUUGGAUUUUUAAUGGAUUUUUUUUAAAAAAAAAAUAUCUAACAGUGGUAUUCAACUAAAUGGAGGGUAGACCCACUGAAAUUAAUGAACGUCUCUAACUUAGGUUCAUUAAUUUCAAAAGGUAUACUAUGAGUAAAACUUUGUUGAAUACAGCCCUAUAUUUAUACCUCUGGGUUUUGUUUUAAAUGUUCUUAAGCAGCUGGAUUGUAUGCUGUGCUUUAUUGCCAACCUAGUACCCUUCCAACGUUUUGGACUAUCAAUUCCCAUCAGCUUCCAUCCAGCAACAACCUAUUUAAUGGUUCCGAACAUGGUAGGGUAAGCUGUCUACUUACACAGCGAAAGGCAUGCUUCCCUUUCACAACAUCAGAUUCCUUAUUUUGUUUCUUAUAUUGUACUAGGUCAAACAAACGCCUGGGCUUAGAUAGGCAUUGGCAUCAGAGAACCAAUGCACUCCAUUAACCAACCAUACAGGCUGGAGAUAUGAAGGAUGCCGAUUUCUCUGCCCCUCCCCACCUGCUGCAAGGUUAGAUGAACAAAGAUGGUCUCCCCAAAACCUGCACAUUUUGGAAUCGUUUCCCAAAAGUCAACAAAGUCCUAUUUUCCUGAGUUAUUGUUAUUGCUAUUUGAUGUUUGUAUGGAUAUUACUGCUAUUACUCCUUUUAUUCUUGUUGGUUCUUUAUUGCUGCUUUAUGGCAGCAAGGUUUUGUUAUCUAAUUUAAUAGCUGUUGAUGUUAAAAAGCUUUUAUUGAAAGGGUUUAUUCUGAAAAUUGGGGUUUAGGUCCAAAGUUUCAAUAUUUUCGUACCCAGGACUCAAAUUGACCCCCAACAUGCAUCUGGGGACCCAUUUCUUAAUUUCUUACCAUAUGUGGUUGUGCCACUUGAAGACCGAAUGCUUUAGGGUUGCUUUUUACAAAAACAAAUACCUUUUACCAUGCUUCCUUACCUUUUUUACAGCAAAUGAUUUGAAAUUAUUGUGUGAAAUACACCACAGUCCUGCAUGUAUUUUUUUCUAACAUAACAGCUGUAUGUACUUAUUAUAUGUACUUAUAACACUCAACUUAUAAUAGCUCAGUCGAUAGAGCAUGAGAUUCUUAAACUUUAAGUUCAUUAGUUCGAGCCCCAUGUUGGACAAAAGGAUUCCUGCUUUGCAAGGGGUUGGAAUUGAUGACCUUCUAACUCUAUUGUUCUAUGACUAUGAUCCCUUCUAACUUAUUAUUCUAUGACUAUAUAAUAUAUAAUUAUAUACAGCAGUACCUCUGUUUUUGAACGAACAUUUGGGAACUCGAAUGCCGAAAAUCCAGAAGUAAAUGCUUUUGCACCUCAGAACGGCUUCCACUGAGUGUUUCUCAAUUUUCUCAAUUAAAUUUGCAGACCACCCUUUGCACCUCAGUUUUCGAACAUUUCGGAACUCAAAACGGUCUUCAGGAACGGAUUACGUUCAAAAACCGAGGUACCACUGUAUAUCAUAACUAAUACAGAAUCAAAUGUAUGUGACACUUCAAGUGCUAUGAGUAAAUAGUUACUCCUUUUAAGCAUGGUGAAUGGUUGUCUUUUUAACCAGUGUACUUUGAUUAACAGGGCCAUCAUAUGUACUUCAUAAUAUGUCAAAAUGGAGAUCAGUAUGAUUUACUCUCAGGUAAGUGUGUAAAGGACUGCAGCUAGUGCUGUUAAGGCUGCCAUUUGCUGACAGCCAUUUUUCAACUAGUAGUUCAGAAUCCAGGUCGGCCAUUUUUCCCUCAGUCCUAUAACGCGCACAAACACUGGUUGUUUUGAAAAGGGUUUUUUAUUUGGAAAACCUCUCAUUUUCUUUUGUAAAAAACUUCUCCCUUCCAUUUUGAGCCAAUACCCACUGCCCCAUUAUUAUUAUUGGAUGGAAAGCAAAGUAUAGGCUAUUGUUGAAAAUAGUCUCUGUCCCUAACUGUGGAGGUAAAAUGAAGGACUCUUGGGUUUACACAUACACAUGGAAAAAAUCCAACGUUGAGGCAUCACCACGUCACAUCAUAUGCAGAUUUUUAUUUUAGGGGAAAUACUUUGUAGGAUUUGAAUGUGCAUUUCCCCCCUGCAUGUACACAGAUCAGGAAGGCUAACAUCAUGAUUCUAUUCAUAGCUGUCAAGUUCUCCCUUUUUUAAAGGGAAAUUCCCUUAUGCUGAAUAUGCUUCCUUGCGAGAAAAGGGAAAACAUGACAGCUAUGUUCUAUAUACAGGUAUGUCUAUUCAAAUGGGAACCCAUUUGUGUUCAAUGGGACUUACUCUCAGGUAAGCAAAGAAAGGAUUGCCUCCUAAGAGAGAGAGAGAGUGUACACACACAGACCCCUAUUCAGUAACUGCACAUAUUAUUCUGAGCAGCUUGUAUGACAGAAAGUACAGCACAGGCUUAGAAGCUGCUUGUCCUUCGGUGCCUGCAUUAACACCAUUAUCUGCUUCCCAAUCGAUGUUACGCACAUUAGCUUGGCUUAGGGGUCUGUUUACACUGCUACAUGUUUAAAAAACUUCACUAAAUCAGCCUGGAAUGACUGGGUCAGGUGCUGUGAAGAACGAUGAUUGAUAUUUUAUAUGUAAGGCAGCUCGCCUCGUUUUAAGAAGAGCAAGUGCAAAACUGGGAGCAUAUGUCAAACCAGGGGGCUCACAGCUGCUUUUUCUUCAGAAUUAAAGAGGCCAGUUUAAGCAUGCAUUUUUGAAAGCAGGAAUUACGUAACAUGUAGCUUGGCCCUAAGAACGGGUGAGUGAGCCAAGCGAUGACGGCUUCAUCUUAACAUAACAUUCAGCAAGAGAGGGAAGUUUAGCUUGCAGUUCACAAAAGGCUGCCUUGCAGUUCCAGCUGUGGGAAGCCAGAGAGACAUAGAGGAUGCAUGCCACCCCAAAGGCCAUGUAACCACUGACAUGCUGACUACUUAGGCCAAGGCAUUCACAAUCAUCCUAUCUGGUGCUUUGGAUUUGCAGAUUUUCUAGGAGCUGUUUCUUUGCAACUGCUCUGGGCAGUCGAAACAGCAUUACUGGACUCUCAGGUUUUCAGGAAUAGGGUGGAGAAGAAUAUUGUAUCAACCCAACAGGUUUGCUGACUGCAUCCUCUUAGGGGGGAGGGGGACGCGAAAAGGCAAACAUCAUUUGAUAAAUCCAUUAUUCUUGCUCUAUUUUGGAUUUUAGUCUUGUUUUGCGCAACACUUUUGCACACUCUUCCAUCUAGUUUGGUGCCAGAGGAAAAUUCUAGCAUUAAUCAUAAAAUGGUUACCUGAAUACAUGACUCCAGUGUGAUUUUUAUUCCAGUUUUCUGGUUUGGGACUUUGUUACGCAAGUUAGUAAGAUGUCAUAAUAAAUAACGUUGUAGAGUCUCCGAGCAAAUAGAUGAGACUAAGGUGUAAAACGCAGUCCAAAAGCCUCCUCUGUUGGUUGUAUUUUUAAGGCUGUUUGUCUGACAUCCUUUACACAUUGCAAGCGAUGUUGCAGCCCUGAUGAGGCAGUGUCAUGCCUGACCUCACCUGCACUAGCCGGGAUCUUGCAUCCUAAUCCCCGAAACGUCACUUAAUCCGCACAAGGGAUUCCCUGCAUUACUAUGGAUUAGCCUGCAAAGUUUUGCUAUACAUGUGUUACAAAUCUGGCAGGCUUGAUAAUUGGGGACUGUUGACAAAAGGGUGUUUAAUAUUUCUGGCUGUAAACUUUAUGACGAUAGCUGCCUUUAACACAAUAAACGGAAACAUACUGGGGGGGGGGGUUGUGGACCCCAGUAAACAUUUCCUUGGGCGGAAAUUUGGUUUGAGCCAUGCUCAGGAUCCGACUGAUCUUUGUAUGAUGUCAUUAAUUUGGUUUGGUUGUAAGCUGUUUUGGAUUGCCUUGAGCAAGAUAAAGUGACUAACAUAUUUAAUAAAUAAUUAAUUUUCCUGAAUGUAUUCUGAUCAAACCUGCAAACAUGAAAACUAGUUAUCUGCAUAAAAUAAUACGAGAGACUAUAUUAAGUAAAAUGAGCACGUCGGUUUGGCUCUCUUGUUUUUUUCCUCUCUUUCUCUCUAAUGAACUAGUUGGAAUUGUGUCCUAAUUGCCUGCAUUCAUUGAUUAUUUUAUUGCUCUGUUCAAGAAAGCACAGCUGUCCUUGUCCAGUAUCUUUAUUAUGUAUGCUCAUGCCACUGGCAAAGCUUGGCCCGUUUGCCUUUGAUGUCUCUAAUGCAACCCCGUAAAAUAUUUAAUACGCAACUAUCAUCAGUCUUGUUAAUUUAACUUUGGCACUAACCUCAUACUUUGAAGUGAGCAGGACGGAAGAGCACAAAGGAUGUUCCCAUUGAUCUGCACCAAAUCACUUUGAUCCCGUGUCAGCUCAUAUUUAACCUGUGUGUCCCACCCAUUCUUUCGCUGGGCGUUCUCUUGAUUUCCAUAUUUCAGAAGAAGCAGUUGCUCUUCAUCUUCAGUAUGAAAAGAAAAUAGUAUCCUGGAAAGCGAACGUGCUAUCCAUUUAGAAAAUUAUCAUGGGAAUUCUAUGAGUAGUACCGUAAGUGGGUACAACGGAGCUGGGGGUUUUGUUCUUCGGCUGCAAUCCUACACCUAAUUACCUGGGGAUGGAAGGCAAAUUGUGGAGCGGAAGAAAAAGCAAAGAAAAAAACGAAAAGAGGAAUCCCGCUGUCUUGAUGAUUCUGUACGUUGCUUGAUGAUGGAAAUGCCAUUUGCCAAAGCAGAUAUUGAAGAUGAAUUUAGCAAUAAAAGUGCAGCUAAACCAUAUGUCAAAAAGACGAGAAAGAGAACUACUGGGAGGGAGAGUGAGGAAGACAAUCUAAUAAAGAAGAAAAAGAAAAAUCAAGAUAAACCAAAUUACUUCAUCUCAGUUCCAAUCACAAACCCAAAGAUCACAGACACUAUUCAGCUGCUCCAGGAUAAAAUAAUACAAAAGGAUAACAGGCUUUCUAAAGCAAUGGUUCAUUGUGGUUCUUUGCAUAUCACCCUCUCUGUGCUACAUUUGGCCAGUGAAGAAGCAGUUGACAAUGCAGUUGGUGCUUUCAUGGCGAGUAAAGAUUUAAUUGAAGAACUACUUCAAGGAAAGCCAUUGGAUCUGUCUUUUCAAGGAACCGAUCACUUUAGACAUCAAGUUGGAUUUGUGAAGUUGACUGACAGUGAUCAUGUAACCACUCUUUCCAAGAUAGCAGAUAUUGUGAGGAAGAUAUUUAAAGAAAAGGGCAUCAUCACAGGAGAUGAUAAAGCUUUUCAGCCUCACUUGACCUUCAUGAAGCUGUCAAAAUCGCCAAGACUACGAAAACAGGGAGUAAAAAGAAUUGACCCAGCCUUAUUUGAGAAUUUCAAGAACCAUCAUUUUGGAGAUGAAUCCAUGAAGCGUCUAGAUCUUUGCUCAAUGUUGAAAAAGAAGCAGCCAAAUGGCUACUAUCACUGUGAGUCCUCUAUCAUCGUGGGUGAAAAGAAAGGGCCAGAGCCAGAUGAUGCGGAAUUGCUGAGCCUCAGCAAAAGGCUGGUGGAGAAUGCAGUCCUCAAGGCGGUGCAGCAGUACCUAGAAGAAACCCAAAACAAAAACAGACUGACUGAUUUUGAAAGCCCAAUGAAAGCUGAGGAGGCAGCCAUUGGCAAUAGCAAGGAAAGUGAGAAUGACAAUAGAAAAUGAGUGCUUUGAAGGAGGCCAAGAAGGCAUGAUUCAGCUACAAAUACCCACGACUCUGCUCCCUGGAUCAGCUCUGCUGAGCUAUCAUGGCUGACUUGAGUUGUGAUUUGUGAUUGUCUGUUAUCAGGCGCUUCAUCUGAACAGAGGGGUGCUAAUUUACAGAGCUUCAUGAUAACAAAUAUCAAGGCUGAUAAGAAUAAAAAACAAACUACUGAAUGCUGGGAAAGAAGGCAAGACAGAGAGGGCCAGAAGGAUGGAGAGAUCUGACUACUAAAGUGCCAGCUUCGUUGUGUUCUCAGCUGCAGGAAAAUGAAUCUCCACUGCUUUCUUUGUGUGCCCUGUGGAUACAAAGCAAAUGGCCAAUGGAAGAUGGUGUAGCCAAACUGGAAACAAUGCCAUUAAUUUUUGUUUUGCAGAACUGGACAACUGUUUACUUGAAGUACAAAAGAAAACAUUGUGUUGAAUGGAAUUGUCACUACUAAUAUUAAUCAUAGCUACUGUUACCCAAUAGAAUGGGAAUUGUUCAUGAAUAUUGUAUCACUAUCCUUCAUUUUUAAGUAGCAUUUGCACCCUUAAAUUAUAUUUUCGACUAAACAUAACCUUUUAUAUAUAUUUAAAAGAUACAUAAGGGCAAACUUGUGUUUUUUUCAAUCAAUGGCAUCUCUUUUUAUUCGUUCCAUAACAUUUCAGGCAGCAAUUACUCAUAUGCAAAAACGUAUCAUUUUCCUCCUCUCUAGGGAAGAGCCAUGAAGCAGAUGUAAUAAAGGAAGCCUUGCACAGAGAACAGUUGCCCCUGUUGUCCAAACUGAAUCAGAUAAAGGCGCUUUUGUCAAGUCCAGAGAUUCGUAUGAAAAUGCACAAGGAACUGCUUGGAAAAGGA